AUGAAUAAUAUUGAUGGAGCUAUCAGAGGACAAUGCAUGAAUGAUCCUAGUCAACAUGGUAUAAAUGUAAGUAUGAAUGAUCCUAGUCAGCAUGGUAUAAAUGUGAGGUUUGGAUGUCCAGUUUUUCUGAGGACAGGACAGGAAUGCUACUGUAAUACCAAUCGGUGUGUUAACGAGGCACGUCCUGCUACAACAACAUCAACUACAACAACUACCACAGCUCCUCUCCCAUCUGGGGUGCCCACACUUAAUCCAUUGUGUAUAGACCACGAUACAAGAUGCGCAUCAUUUAAAGACCAGCUUUGCCAUGCUACCGCACAUGCGUAUGUCAUUGCAACAUGUGCCAGAACGUGUAACAGGUGUGACGAGUUUAUAGCUUCUUUACACCUACCAACACCAGCUUCAACUAUACAACAAACCACAUCGACGACAACUACACCAAAGACGACGUCAAGAACGUUACAACCGACAACAUCUACAGCAUCUCUCACGACCAAUAAGAAACCCGUCAAAUGUAACAUGUGUGGGGAUAUUGAUAGCUAUAUCCCAUGCUUCUCUAGAGAUGUCUUUAGGAACCAGUCGUCAGACUGUCCUGCUGGACUCAACUUUUGUAUGACAGAUAUUUUUACUGAUGCUGAUGGUGUGUAA